GGGAAUUCCACGGUCUGCAAAGCAGGAGACACAUCCAGAGAGACCAGAUACUCAGAGACGGACCUGGAUGCAGUGCCAGUAAGACGUUACCAGGAAACCAACCUGGAUGAAGUCAUGGCUGAGUACGACAUGGUCAAUCCAGACAAGUGCCAGAGUCCCCACUUGCCAAGCUCAACGGUUGGAUGUGAUGCCCGGAUAGACUAUUCUGGUCCUCCAGGGGAGUCCGUGACAGAUGGGAGCCCUUGGGGUGGAGAAGAGAGCAGAGAGGAGGAGUCCAAAGCCCCCGAGGAUGAAGUGUUCUACGAGUCCUCUUCUGUUGCUACUGACAGGUCACCAGACACAGAGGUCAAAAACCUGCUUCCUUCUGUUGCUGCGGUCAGUAUAUCCCGGAGUCUCUCCGAAGACGGCACUGACACCUUCAGCAAACAAUUUGAGUGCAUCCUGGAGUCUCACUGUGCCAAAGGCACCUCUUACACCAGUCUUGACUCGGUGGACAUUCUGUCCUCCCCCAAAAGAAGCCAGGGGAACUACUUCACCUUUGAUUUUCCGACCCUGACCUCGGAAAUCCAGGAACAAAUUAAGGAGAAUGCCCGCCUGAUUGAAGAGAAGUUUUUACCGUGGAGCAAUGCUAAUUCAUCCACAGGCUCCAGAGGGGACUCGAACUGGCCUGGAAGCCCCAGGCAACAACUUACUCAAGGGGGUUCUUGA